AUGGAGCCGUCAGAUUCCCUAAGCAAUGUGCCCCAGCAGGCCGACAUGCUCGACUUGGCGCAGGAUGUGACGGAUACCUCCCGCUUAGGCUGCCAGGCAUCCGCUGUGUGCCUGGACAAGGAGCGUGAUGAUGGAAUGAGGGUCAGAAUUCCGGCGGGCAUCGUCAACCUCCUGAAGUAG